AUGGGAAUUCUCGAUUAUCCGUCAUCAUCCGGUCAGUUACUGCGCCUUCGUUUUUAGUGUAAUUUGCGGAACCGAAAAGAAAUGGCAAAGAAACGUAUUGGGAAUGAUGAAUAGAAAGUUUGAAUCGAGGCGACAUGUUAUCGCAAGCGUCGCGCGAAAAAUUGAUGUUCGGCGGACUUUGAUCGGCUGAUCUGGCGCGGUGUGCAGAGGGACCGAAACACGGGCGAAGCUUCGCAUUGACAUAAAUCAUGCGGACAGAACGUUCUCUGAUUCGAGAGGAAUGCUGUCAACGGAAAAACGAGUGAUGCGGGAGAAUCCGCCAGCUGCAGCCUUUUUUUCGCGGACCACAGCAAUACUUCGCACUCGGGGAUUCCAUGGGAUCAACUUCCGGUUUCAUUUUGCUUUUUUCAGGCAAUCAAGCCGGCCAGCCACGCAGCAGCUUCGGGAUCGAGUGGUCGAAAUGGUUCCCACCGGUAACUUCCCGCUCGUUCCUCUCGCACUAUCUGCCCGCUUCCGGAGCCGUCUCGCACACGCUCUACACCGUCCAUCUGUUCAGCCCCAACAUCAUCUCAAGGUACUUUUACUAAUAACUCGAAGGAUUCUAAUUCAUCAAAUCCAUCUCAGUCUGUUCCCGACCGGCGACCUUGCCGUCAGCAACACGAUUCUGUUCAAUGCGAACGUGGGACUCGGAUUCUACGUGUAUUUCAGAAGACAUCUGCACCGUACUAAUCCCUGGGAGCGCGUUGAAUUCAGGUUGGCGUAUGUUCUACCUAAUUUGUUUAACGUUCAAUUUUCAGUGUUUUUGCUUCAACGCUGUUCAACUUCGGAAGUCUGCUCGCCGCCGUUCUCAUCAAAGCUCUCAUGCCAGCAAAGACUCCAACAUUGCUGAAGAGCUUGACGGCAACGGCGCUCAGCGCUUACUUGCUCUCGCGUGCUUACAAAUACAUGGGACUCCUCGACACGCGAGCUUCCCGAGGCUCGGUCUCGCCAGCCAGAAGGUAAGAAUGAGUGGAAACCUUUUUGAGACAGUUUUGAAUAUGGAAAUGAUUAUUUGGUGAAGAUUCUUGCAUGAGUUUAUGCCAGUAUCUUCUGAAUGGCUUCUUCUAGCAUGACGUCGGCUCGAAAGGCCCGUUCGGUUGCUUCUACCUCGCAAUACUCUCCGGAGAUGACGUCCCCCACGUCGCCGCCGCAGUCAGUGCAGCAGCAUCACUUCGAGACUCCACCAAGGAGCAGUGAGCCUUCAUUUCUUCCAAUGACUCCAUCUGCCACUGAGAACACUGUAUCCGAUUUCGGGGAUGAUUCAGAUCCUGUUGGCUAUGGAGACAAGCAGAACUAUCGAUACUUGCAUUCCUAUGCACUCAGCAACCUGAAUCACAGUCGACCGAAAAAAGAGAGUAUUCUGAGAAGAACGACGAUGAAUCAGCCGCAGUCCCCGAAGCAGACGAUGCAGUUGACACCGAAACGAAGACCUUCAGAAUCGACGACGGCACAGUGCUUUGUAACGCCGGAACCAUCCCUGAGAGAAUUAGAAGUCGCUGUCUACACGCCUCCACCUUCAAGAAUCGAGAGCAGGCCAACGACGACAUUGAGACGAGAGAAGCGGAGGUCUGAACGAAAAAAGAAAACCGUCAAGAAGAUUCCGAACGAAAGAGAUGACCUCGAUCGAGUGCUCGACCUGAUUCAGUGGCAUGCUCCGUUGGCUUUGGUUCCAUUCGCCUUCGGCUGUUUUGUGACUGGAACCGUUCCCAUGUACAACACGAUGCUAUUCAUUUUUGCUUAA